CGCCACCACAGCAGGAUCAACGCACGGGACGCCGCGUCGUCUCCUUCCGCUCCAGGCUCCUCGAUAAGACGUGGUUCGAUCAGAUGCGCGAGCCUAAUCGGCGGUAUCGCUGGCAUGUGGUGUGUCUCAUCAGGAUGAUCAUCCCAAGUGCGAGCGUCAUAGCGAUGCUCCCAGACGAAGAAGCAACAGAUAGAGUCUCUGGAGCUAUAUCUUCCGGAUUUAAGCCACGCGGCGUAACCUCCUAGUCAGCCGAGCGAUAUUGGAUGGGUCGCGGGAUCGUCCUUUCGGGAUUCGUUUAAAUGCAAGGUCAUCUGGCUCCGGGCUUCGCAUUGCAUCGCAUCUCAGCUCACCAUGUUCGACCUGCGCAGAAGUACCGCUCUGGCUUUUGUUUCCCUUGCACUGCUGCUGGCAUGCAACCCUGUCCACGGCCUGACGACGGUCAUCCCGUCGAACAGCUUCAGCAGCUACUCCGUCUUUGAGAGCUUUUGGGGCUAUCUCUAUCCCUGGGGGUCUGACCACAACGGCAGUGCCCGGAUGGUCGGCAACUCCAGCUACCACCAGAACAUCGCUGUCGCGUCCAACACCUUGACGCUCGUGGCGACGCCCACCUCGAACCCCGUGCCGCCGACCAGCGCGUCGAACCCGCACCCCGCGAUCCACUACGCGAGCGGCACCGUGUACGCAAAAUCGCACAUCACCGUCACGACGUCGCAGGCCUACACGCUGUCCGGCGAGUUUAGCGCACCGACGACCUUCGGGACUUGGCCGGCGUUCUGGCUCACCGCUGUCAACUCGUGGCCUCCCGAGGUCGAUAUCGGUGAAUGGAAAGGGACCAAGAAUAACUGGUACAAUACAUUCAACACUUCGAGUGCCGUCGUGUCGCACCUCGUCCCAUGGCCCUCGGAUCUCUCCUUCCACGCGCUUAAGGCCGUCAUGACCGCCCAGCCGAACGGCGCCGACGUCAAGAUCGACUUCUACCUCGACAAUGUCUUCCAAGUCACGCAAAUCGGUGCUGGAUUCGUGAACCAGCCGCUUUGGCUCAUCAUUGACCUGCAGAUGGAGGGAAGCUCUGGAUCCCCUGGACCGACCGGGAAAACUACCUACAAGGUCCGCAACCUCUCGGUCACCCAUACGUGAGCCAUGGGGCCCGGAAAUGUCACAUGAAUUUGUCUUCUUUGUAACCAAUGUAAACAAUGAAUGUCGUCGUCAAGAGCAAUCCAUUCGAGCCCUUGUAUCUGAAUUCCAUCUUCGAUUCUGUCGGCCCUCGAAGGAAAUCUAAUCUAUCCCAGCCGCGUGCGGCUCACAUAAGGUGAUACUGAUCCGUGUGCAUCACUACCAUCAUGAUGCGAUCUGCAUUCAAACUGCUAGCAAAAUCCGCGCCGGCCGAGCGCAACGACCAGGCAUCGAGUCACGACUUUGCACGACAGGCGACGACAACGUGCAGCUCUACCACACGCGUGUGCGCGCGCGAAUAAGACGGUCUUGACUGAGCCGUCCCCCCACUCGCCCGAGCCAUCGACCCUGCCCCAUGCCCCGGCACCCAAUCAGACUGAUCCCGCUCGGUAGUCUGCUCAACGCCCUCCUCCUCGCCGCCCUCCUCGUGCCCAGCGCCAUCUCCGUAGCUGCCCAAAGCCCGGCCGAUCCGCUAGAGCCCCCCGCGUCACGGUUAUUCCCCAACGCGACCAUGCCGCUCCUGUCCCCCGCGAACAGCGUGACGCACAACCCCGCGCAGCCGUACACGUACCACCCGCCGCAGGUCCCGCUGGACGCGAACAAGUACCCCGUGGCGCCGCCGGAGCUCGAGCUCGCGCAGGUGCACGUGUAUGUGCGACACGGUGCGUGGGCCGCGCGCCGUUGGACUCUUGGAGGCUGCAGCCAGGCUGACAUGCGCGCGCGCACACACAGGCGAGCGGACCCCGGUGGGCGUGCGCCUCGCGCCGUUCAUCCCGGAGCACUGGGUUAUGUGCACGGCCGGGCGGCAGCACGACAGCCAGGUCAUCAGCGGCAGCAACGGGAACGACCGCCUGCGGACGCGGCGGGUCGUCGAGCGCAAGGACGGAUUGCCCGCUGAGGGAUUAUGGUGAGGAAUUCGCUGCUUUGCCUCACGACCGGCCGGGUUCUCAUGCGCGUGAUGGAACGUUUAUAGUUUGCUUGGGGAGCUGACUGAUA